AGUGUCGUGUUGUAUGUGCAGUUGUGUGAGGUUGUUCCAAGGUUAGCUGUGUAGAGGUUGUUCCAAGGUUAGUUGUUUUACACGUGUUUUACCCAGUCAACAAUAUAAUCUCAUGCAAUUUUGGAACGAGCAUUUAACUAGUACAUAGAAAAAGCAAUUCCUACGGUCAGGAAAAAACGAAUGCAUCCAAUCGGGUCAUCGAACGGUUUAGAUCACUUCUCACUGCACCUUUUCCCGUUGGAAAGUAGUACUCCGUCAGAAGGAGAAGGAUCCCGCAAAAUCCUACACGGUCGACGAAACUCGACCGGGCCCGACCGCCGGGCCGUACCCAACCAGCAACGCACCCAAUUCAAAAUUCGGAUGGCCACGCUCUUCUUUUCCUUCGCCCUGUCGCCUCGUCUUCGUCCCCUUCUCCGCCGCGUCAACCACGAACCCCUCCUCCAACUCUCCCUCCCAAGAAGAACAACCCUCACAUCGCCCUCCCCAGCCAUGUCCUCCCCUCCCCCUCCCCAUUCCUCGACCUGGGUCGAAGAUGACGACCCUUUGGAUUUCGGCGCGGUCGCCGGCGCCUCGUUCCUCCCCCUCCGGCGGUGCUCUAGGAAGCGGGAGCGUGCGGCGUCGCCGGAGUUCGCCGAGGUGCGCGCCGCCGACGGGAGCGGCGGCGCCGAGGGAGAGGAGAAGCCGCGCGCUGCCACGAAAGGAAAUUCCAAUACUCAUUUGAAUAAGAAGGCUGUCAAAAUAAUGACAUACAAUGUCUGGUUCCGUGAAGAUUUGGAACUGAUUAGACGGAUGAAUGCUCUUGGACAUCUUAUUCAGCAUCACAGUCCAGACCUUAUAUGCUUCCAGGAGGUUACUCCAGACAUAUAUCUGCUUUUUGAAAAAUCUGAAUGGUGGAAAGGAUACAAAUGCUCACUAUCUCAUGAGAAGGCUAUGGAAAGACCAUAUUACUGCAUGCAGAUGAGCAAAUUGCCUGUGAAGUCAUUUGACUGCACCCCAUUCUCUAACUCAGUAAUGGGAAGGGAGCUAUGCAUAGCUGAUGUCAACAUCGGAGGUGUGAUCAAGUUGGUGUUGGCUACAAGCCACCUUGAGAGUCCAUGCCCUGCACCUCCCACGUGGGAUCAGAUGUUCAGCAAGGAACGUGUAGCUCAGGCAAAUGAAUCUUUGAGUAUUUUGGGAGACUUCUGCAAUAUUGUAUUUUGUGGGGACAUGAACUGGGAUGAUAAAGGAGAUGGACCCUUCCCGGUACCAGAUGGCUGGAUUGAUGCUUGGGCUGAGUUGAAGCCAGGUGAAAAUGGCUGGACUUAUGAUACGAAAGCUAAUGCCAUGCUUUCAGGUAACCGUAAGCUGCAGAAGAGACUGGACCGGUUUGUGUGCAAGUUGUCAGAUUUCAAGGUGGACAGCAUUGAGAUGAUUGGGAAAGAGGCGAUACCAGGUAUCACAUACAUAAAGGAGAAGAAGGUCCGCCAGGAGACCUGCCAAUUGAAACUACCUGUCUUACCUAGUGACCACUUUGGGCUUCUCCUGACUAUUACCUAUGAGGCUGAAAAUAUCUGAUUGUGGUCCGCCUACUACAAUGUAUGGCCCUCUUUUGUAUAGGUAGUAGCAUCAUAACUGUUUCAUGGAUGCAUAACUGUGACUGGAGUCCAUGCUAAUGGACAAUGUUAGUUCUAUGAUUAUCCAGGUGCCCCCAAUUUCGUGUAGUUUAGCGAGGCACUCGCUAGCUAUAUAGAUAUGCCAGCAGUGGUGGUUCCCAUUUGGUUGCUUUACAUGUUAAAAUCGGGUGGUUCUUUUGCUUCACUGAACUUGUGGGUCUGAUGUUUUUAUCAUCCAUACUUUCUCAACUUGUGCUUC